AUGGAACUGGAUGUACAUGAUGCCUUGGAAAGCCUGGACAGAGUGGUCGAUUUGGCCAAUCAGGUCGAAGGAGCGCUAAAAGAAAAUAAAGUAAAUUUACUGCCAGUAAAAGCAAAAGCUGAAUCAUUGGAACGAGAUAUCAGCGCGAUAGAUGAGGUUCUCGAUCAGCUUGCUGCUCGUGAUCUGUCGGAACCUGCUAUUGCUAAUGCUACCCAACGUGAUUUGCUGGAUCGUCAGGCCCAACUGGACCAGCUACAGCGACGAAGUGAUGACCUGCAUAGCUGCCUACCGGAGGCAUCAGCGAACCAACCAAAUACAAUGCUCGAUAAAAUACAGGAUAAAGUACGCGAUCUGGAAGAGAAAAUUGGCGCAUCAAUCAGACGAAGUGCCGAGAAGUCGCCGUCGAAACGUAUGUCCUUAACGGAGCAAAAAGAAUCGGACGCGAUUUCCAUCGCAAGCACAGGUGGACAGUCUCUAGCACUGGAAGUACAGGUUUGUUUUCCGUAUUUUUAG